AUGAUUCAGAGAGGCCUCAAGACAACUGAAAGAAUUCAGAGAAGUCCCAGGAGAACUGAAAGGAUUCAGAGAAACCCCAGGAGAACUGAAAGAAUCAGAGGAAGCCCAGGAGAACUGAAAGGAUUCAGAGAAGCCCCAGGAAAACUGAAAGGAUUCAGAGAAGCCCCAGGAGAACUGAAAGGAUUCAGAGAAGCCCCAGGACAACUGAAAGGAUUCAUAGUAGCCCCAGAAGAACUGAAAGGAUUCAGAGAAGCCCCAGGACAACUGAAAGAAUUCAGAGAAACCCCAAGACAACUGAAAGGAUUCAGAAAAGCCCCAGGAGAACUGAAAGAAUUCAGAGAAGCCCCAGGAGAACUGAAAAAAUUCAAAGAAUCCCCAGGAGAACUGAAAAGAUUCAGAGAAGCUUCAGGAUUCAGAGAAGCCUUAGCAGAACAGAAAAGAUUCAGAGGAGCUUCAGGAUUCAGAGAAGCCCCAUGA